CAAACAAAUAAAAACAUUUAACAUUUAAAUUCAUUUAAAUUUCCAAAAAAUUCUUGAGAAUUGGUUUAAAAUAUAUUGGAAAGUAAAUUUCAAAGUGCUCAUUAUUUCAAAACCAACUUUUCAAUCAAUUAACAUUGAUGAAAUCUGCUAUUUUUUAGUUUCAUUCCGCCAAAAUAAUUAUGAUUAAUACUCGGCGACUUUAUACAUUAGAAGAAGAUAAUUUGAUACUGGAAUGGAUAGUAAAAACAAAACUUUUCUAUACUUUGAGAGGUAAAAAUUUUUGGAUGGAUCUCUCCCGUUCUAACUUAUUUGAAGGUAGAAGUUGGCAAAGUCUCCAAAAUCGAUUUGAGAAAAAGGUUUUUCCAGAUAUUACGAAUCCUAAAUAUACAAUAUCUGAUUUGGAUAAAGCUAAGAUUAUCUUAGCUUGGCAACAAACUGCAGAUAAUUAUGAUAGUAAUGAGAGCAACAUGGAUGAGACUACUGAUACAGAACAAAACAAUGAAGACACCGAUACAGAUGCUGAAAAAGAUAUAAAUUGUGAAACAUCAUCUGAUUCUGAAAAUGACCACGUAACUAGUUCUGUCCGUAGUUCCUAAUAUAAACACAUAUUCUAAAAUUAAUUAAGAUUAAAUAAUAUUAUUUUGAUGUAUAAAAAAAGACUGUUAAUCAUUUCAUAUCUUCAAGAAUAUAAUAUUUAUUGUAAAUUUGUAUUAAAGAGUAAUAUCUAAUAAAUCAUCAUAAAUC